GAAUGAAUGCAGGUCACGGCCAACUCUGAGAAUCAUAGAUGUGCAAUUUUUUUAAUUAGAAAAAGAAAAAAAAAUUAUGAUCUCGUCGUGAUUAAUUUCAUUAAAAUAUAAUACAACUUGAAGUGACGCGAGAAGAAAAAAAGAAUAAAAGAAGAUUGAAAUUUUCAUUUGAUUUGUAGCAGAUUAAUUCAUGAAUUCGCGUUGACGACAUUUCAUUCGACGUAGGAAAGCAUCGACCAACGUAACAGUUCAACAAAUUCUCUUCUUUGCCAAAAUUCGCACGCUCAUAAGAAUAACUAAGAAGUGAAAAAUUAUCAUUUUCUUUGAAAAUUUUCAAAAAGAAGGAGAGAGAAAUUGACCUUUAAUGAAUCGUUUCACUCUCAGAGAAUGAAUGAAAACUCAAAAAGAGUGAGACAGAGAGUGGAAAACAUUCUCGUGAAAAUAUUCAGCAUUUCAACGAAGCAAAGAAACAUUUUUGUAAGACGCGAUCGACAAAGUGUGUGAAGGAAAAUUCGCGGUGCUGUGAAAAUAUUUUCCUCACGUUGGAAUUGUGAAUGAAAAGAAAUUGACGAGGUGUUUUCUCGUGUAGAUACACAAAUUAAUAUUCACCUCAAUUCUUUUUUCCGUGAAAAUGGCAACAACAUCCACACAGUCCAAUCGACGACCACAGCAACGUUACACACGAAGCUCUACGACAAGCGUUACUCAGCUUCUUUCAGACAGUUGUAACAGUUUACUGCAACGAUUUCGACGUCCACCAAGUGAAAAAUCAACGAACGAUAAGGCACUUUCAUUAGCACCUAAUCGAGACAAUGAGAGAAAACUUUCGACGAAAGAAAUUGAUAAUUUAAGUGAGAACGACAACACAAUGAACUCAAGAACUUCUGACUACAGUUCAGACACCUCAUCAAGCCGUUUUUCAUCGGCAUUAAAUCGGUUGAAGUCUAGCGACUACAAGCCACUCAUGAGAACAUUCACAAGACGUUUUGAUUCACCACCAAAACAAGCAAAUGAAAGUCCAAAAGAUCGAGAGAAGACGCCAAUCAUUAAGGAUGAUUCUGCACCUCAAUCAACAAUCUCACGUCUUGAAUCAAAAUAUUCCGACAUUCUUAGUCGUGUUGCAAAAAGAAAGCAAAAAUUACAACAGGAAAAAGACGAUCACGAUAAAACUUUAGAGCCUGAAGAUUAUCAUCCGGUAUCUUUAAUGAAAAGUCAAACAACUGCGAAUAUUCUAAAGUCGGUCGAUAAAACACAAACGCCAAAGGAGCGAACCCCGUUCCGUUUGGAUCGGAAUAAGAAUAAAAUGGCUUCAGACACCGAUUUAAAAAUAAAGCGGUCAGAUCUUAUCGGCUUAAACAGCAGUUUGAGUUCGUCGAAUUAUCACGAUACGUACACAAAAAUGAAAAGCAACGACAGCGGUUAUUAUGACGGUUAUGGCAGAUAUGGAAAAGAGAACAUUUACAAGUCCAAAUACGAUCCGGACAGUCUUUUGUCGGAAUUUUCAACUGCUAACAAUAGUAAACGACCAACGACAUCAUCAUCGACGUCAGCAUUGUCGACACAACAGCCAUAUGCGGGAUCAUCAACAUCACGUCAAAUCAAAGCUUAUAAACGAACUGAAAGUGGUGAUAAACGUCGCACCGCGAUUAAUUUAUAUGAGUUGCUUAAUGAUGAUGAUGAUGGUGACAUUGAUAAUUAUCGACAACAACGUCGUCAAUAUAUGAAUAGAAAAAGUACUGGCGAUCAAUUGAAAGCUGAUCGUGCAGCUGCAAUUGAACUGCAAAGACGUGAGAAUCAUGAGGCGUUUGAAGAACAGUUGGAAAUGCAAAAGAAAGAACGUGAGAAUAAACGAAAGGAAAUUCAAAAUCUGAUAAAGAAAUAUGCGCAGAUGGAUGAUUUUUACGGGAAAACGACAUUGUAUAGUAACGACACGGAUAUUAAUUCAAAUCAUAUCAGCAGUGGAAGCAGCGCAAGUGGAAGCACCAGCAACCACACAAGUGCGAGAAUCGAUCCAUGGGAGUCAAAUCACGUCACUGCGGGAGGUGCCAGCAGUUACAAAAGCUCAAGAAUAGAUCCAUGGGAGUCAAACCAUGUCACAGGAGCAAGCAUCAGCAACCAUACAAGCUCAAGAAUUGAUCCAUGGGAUUCAACUCUUCGACACUCACCAAUCGUGAUUCCAAAAAGAUCCAUCAACCCGCUUGGAAAAUCAAAGACAAUGGCGAAUGUUUUGUCACCUUAUGAUCCUUACAAUAGUUGGUUGCCAAGUUAUUGCACUGGCGAUGACAUUGUUCCGAUCAAGACAAACAUUAAUUCGACACCAUUUUCAACAAGAUCACGAAUGUCGAAAGCUCUUUCAACAUUUAGAGCUCCUGAAGUGAAAGAUGAUGCCGAUGGUCAUUUAAUUUACCAUUGUGGAGACAUCAUUCAGUCGCGAUAUAAAAUUCUUGCCACACUUGGUGAAGGGACUUUUGGACGAGUUGUUAAAGUCAGAGAUAACGAUACAGAUCAAACGAUUGCAUUGAAGGUCAUUAAAAAUGUCGAAAAGUAUCGUGAAGCUGCAAAACUUGAGAUUAAUGCGUUGGAGAAGCUUGCUGAUAAGAAUGCUGCAGACCAUUUGUGCGUCAAGAUUUUAGAUUGGUUCGAUUAUCACGGACAUACGUGCAUUGCCUUCGAGAUGCUUGGCCUUAGUGUUUUUGACUUCUUGAGAGAAAACAAUUAUGAGCCUUAUCCAAUGGAUCAAGUUCGACACAUUUCUUAUCAAUUAUGUUAUUCUGUGAAGUUUCUACAUGAAAAUAAAUUAACACACACUGAUCUUAAGCCUGAAAAUAUUUUAUUUGUCAACUCCGAUUAUCAUUCAUCAUUCUACCCAAGAAAGAAUCGUGAUGUUCGUCGUGUUAAAAACACCGAUAUUCGUUUAAUUGAUUUUGGUAGUGCCACGUUUGAUCAUGAACAUCACAGCACAAUCGUUUCAACAAGACAUUAUCGUGCACCGGAAGUUAUUUUAGAACUUGGAUGGGCACAACCUUGUGAUGUUUGGUCAAUUGGUUGCAUCAUGUUUGAAUUAUAUUUAGGCAUCACGCUCUUCCAAACACACGAUAACCGAGAACAUUUGGCUAUGAUGGAAAGAAUUCUCGGUACGCUUCCAUAUCGAAUGGCAAGGAAAACUAAAACCAAGUAUUUCUAUCAUGGAAAACUUGACUGGGAUGAGAAAUCAUCAGCUGGUCGUUAUGUUCGUGAUCAUUGUAAACCACUUCAUCGUUACGUUAUGUCUGAGAUUCCUGAUCAUUUGCAACUUUUUGAUUUGAUUCGUCGAAUGCUUGAUUAUGAUCCGUCUACAAGAAUCACGUUAGAUCAAGCCUUACGUCAUCCGUAUUUUACAAAGCUUCCGCCCCUCCAACGCUUACACGAAAGAAGUAAUGAAAGUUCAAGCAGUCCUGACAGUCAAAGCUUAUCGAGAUGAAAUUAAAAGCCGAUUUGAAUGUUUCUCAAAAGAAAAAUGAAGAAAGAAAAAAAUAUUUUUUUUUGGGAAACGAUGAAAUAUUCAAAUCGAUUUUAAUCGCGAAGAAUUCAUUAAAGUCAUUAAUUAAUUAUCUAUUAUUUCCAUUCUCCCCUCUCUUUUAUCUUAAGCAUUGUGCUCAAUAUCAUGGAACAUUUAAUUAUUAGUUUUAUAUUUUUAUUUUUGUUUUAGUUAAAAAGCGCAUAAUUCCUCGGCCAUAAUCAUUUCGUCACUCUAAGUUUUCUUUUUAUCUUUUCCUGCUGUCUUUAAACAUUUUUCUUAUUUCUUAUUUACGUAAUUUAUCGUUAUCACCAUCAUCAUUGUUUAGGUAAUUUUUUGUCUCAAUCUCUCUUAAAGAUUAGUUUACAGUCAGUUAAUACCUAACAGUUUAUCAAACUUUCUACCUUGACAUAAAGAAGAAAAAAACACAAAAAAGGAACAAAAAAUACUUAAAAGUUAAAACUGAAUUGAAGAAAAAAAAACGUGUGAUUUAUUUUUACGACAAAAAUUUUUGUUAAAUAUCUAAGAAGUAUUUGUUGAGAAGGAAAUUAAAUCAAAAGAUGACAAAUUAAUCCAUUUCGAAUGUUAAAGUUUCGCGUCGAUGGAUGAAAGUUCGAAUUUAUGUUCUCAUACAUACUUAGUUCGUUGAUGAAUGUUAUUUAUGUUUGUUGUAUCCAUGGACUGUCGAUAUUAAUAUCGGGUGAUGAUAACGUCCGUGUAAAGCUUUUAUCUCUCAUUCAUGUUUUUUCAUUGAUAAUUUACACGAUCGAAGAAAAAUAAUGUUUAACUUCUAUUUUACUAGAAUUUGUUGUGGGGAAGGCUAGGCUUUCGAGUAAGACUACAUCAGCGAAAAAGAAAAUUGUGAACGCAUACAUAUAAAGUUAAUUGAAUUGGCAGUAAUUGGGAGACAUCCGCAUACUGAAUUUAUUGAUUGAUUGAUUGACACAAGUUUAAUGGUGCUUUUGAAAAAUCAAGUUUAAGUAAAGAAAAUUUUUAAGAAGGAAGAUAUUUCAAAAUGACUAUUAUAAUUAUUAUUAUUAUUAUUAUUAUUAUCAUUAUUAUAAAUUAU